ACACGUGAUGUACCUACCAGUACGGUACGGUUUACCGAAGAUCAUGCCAAAGAUGCUCCGCGCUGGCCGGCCGACCUGGGACUGGGUAAGUGAUAAAAGAACAUUCUCCUGACAUACAGGACAAACAGAUACAGGAGAUCAGCUGAUUCUGGAAGAUAAAUGCAGUGAUGAUGUGAUAUUAGUGCAAUCUUAAUGCAGAAAGCUGUGACUAUUGACUAUGGCAAUGAUUCCAAAGCAUCUUGUUUGUCGUUUGAGGGAGAACAUGUGGAGGACACUUCGGCAGUUCAAGCAAAGCUCAUAUCUUCAGAGACAAUCGAUAGCUAUUCCUUUCCUUUCAAAUAGUAGACUGAGUAGCUCGGAUCAAAGAAGCAAGAGCAGAGAAGGUUAUUUCUCCUUCUUAAAUAGGAAUGUCAAACUCUUAGGUGAGGAAAUGUGGACUAAGAUUAGAAGUCCAAACCUUGACACUAUGUUUGACCAGAACCGAGUGUUGUGGCAUUUUAACGGACCUGAGAGUAUCGAUGACUUCAUUGUCCAUACUGAUGCUGAGAUUGGAGGGAGAAGUACUGCAGGAUUGACUGUCAGUCGCAACAAUAAGCUGCUGUUUCAUGGUAAUCUCUGCACAGAGGUUCCAAGGGAUGGAGAAACUAAAAGAAGUGGAUACUGUGCUUUGAGAUCCAAACAAGCUUAUAAAUCCUUCAAUAGGAAACAAGCAAUGGACCUAACACCAUUCAAUGUCUUGAAGAUGAGGGUACGAGGAGAUGGUCGUGCAUACAUGGUAAACCUGAUGAUCAAGGGCUUCUUCACCGAUUCUCAUGAUGAUGUUUGGAGUUACUUCAUGUUCACACGAGGUGGACCAUAUUGGCAAGAUAUUACGAUCCCAUUCACCAAGUUCUUCAUGUCAAGCAAAGGUCGAGUCCAGGACAAGCAGACCCCACCAGAUUUGGAAUCUGUCAAUGCUAUUGGUCUGACUAUGGGAGAUGCCGUGGAUGGAGAGUUUACGCUUGAAAUAGACUCCAUAUCCGUCUCAUACGACGCAACUUACACAGAGGAAUAUACAUAUGAAAUGUACAAAUCACACUGAGGAAGGAGUGAUGAAUUUAACUAGUGCAUUCAAGAACAUGAUAAUGCUGCCUGAUCUAAUGAUUGCAUUUUAUACAGUGAAGGCAUUUGAUUCAAUUUUGUAUGGGAGAAAAGCAUUUGUGUGCAUUAUUUUUUUAUUGAUGCAAAAGGACACAAGAAAUCAAGGCCUGUGAGAGGGGUAUCAAGGCCAGUCACAGCCAUGGCCUUAGAUGAUAUUGACUAAUUUAAGCCCUGAUAUGUGCAUACUAUCGUGCAAACUCGAUGUUCUUAUUUUCAUUUGGGUCAAAGGUCAUAGCUUAAUGCCACAUUAAUUAGGUGGCUUCAUUUCAUAUCAUGAUAUAUUUUGAUCAAUUCAAACACAGUCCAAUGUGUACACACAUUGGUGCCAAUGACUUCUUGGUCACUUCAUAGAACAUCUUGGAACAUUAAUCAUAAAGUUGAAAUUCUCAAAUAGUGAUAUUUGGUUGGUUUUUAAAUCAACAUUCACCCUGGAUGUGUGUUAUGUAUCUGAUUUGGUGGAGGCAUUAAUGUGUGCUGUGCAGUCAUAUUUCUCCAUUUUAAACAAGUGAUGCAAUUAUCUCCCUCCCCUUUCUCUACACCAGGUAAGCUGUCAGUGAAGUGAUUUGGGAAGGUAUUCUAGUCGUGGAUCUAGCUGGAUUAGACACAGAACCAUACCAAAUUGUCUUUACACAAUACUCGGCAUCUCAAAACUAGUGUUUCUAAUCCAGCUAGAUCCGCGCCUGAGCUUGUAUAAUAAUAUACUGCCCGAUAGAGUAGCAAAAAAGAGCUGAGCCACUUGUAAACCAAACAACCAGAUGCUGCUGAUUGUACGUCAACGGACAGAUACAGAUAAUAUUGCAUAAUAAAGGCAUUAAAUCGAAUAUUUUUCAAAUUGAAUUUUUUCUUGGUUAGUUGUCAUCUGUUUUGAGCUGUUAAUCACAUGACUUCAACAAGCUUAUUGGGCAUUCAGACCUGUUUGUAAAUGUAAUAUUGCAAUGUGGUACCUAUACAAUUAAAAAUCCCAAGGCAUCAAUGUUUUUUUUAAAUAUGGUAAUUUUUCAGUUUUUCCAGUAUUCAACAUUUUUAAAGAAAAAAUCCCUACAUUUUCAUUGGUCCCUCAACAUUUGCACCAUAAAGGGAAAUAUUUAACGUAGUAUUAUGCCAUUUAGGGGUGCAUUUUGCAUAAUCUUGUCACUAUCAACAUCGUUUGGUGAUAAAUACUGACACCAAGUUGCUUGGACAUCAUGGGUACCACUGUAGUUAAUCACUGAAGUUAAUCACCCCUCACUGGGUGGGUAGUCAAAUGGUUAAGACAAACACACACACAAAAAAAUAAAACAGACCCAAGUCAAAACAAUUAUCUAGUAUAAUAACUCACCACACAAACAAAUACUGCAUAAAAUCUGUUGUUUUGUUAUUAAUAUAUUCAAUUCAUAAUUACAGAAGUUUUUUUAAAAUUGAAUAAUUUACCAUUUAUGAAUACAAUCAUAUCUUUUUUAUGAGUCAAAGGUACUACUUUCACUUCUCAAUAUGAGAAAGCAAAUUUGUUUGAAAUCAAAGAUUAAAGAUAAACAAGAAAUGUUAAAUUUUCUGCUGAAAAUAAUACAUUACAUAUUGCUACAUAAUAACAAUACUGCACCAUUUAUAGGUUAAGUUCCUCUAGUAUUUGUAAGUUAUCCAACUUAGACAACACUUUGUCUGCUCAGGAGUUUGUGCACCAUGCUUAUCAAACUUUAGUCAAUAAAAUUGCAGGAUAUCGUAAGCAAAUCACACCUACAUUUUGAUUGUACAAUGUCAUUGUGCUUUUCAGCAACAUUUGUUGGUAAAUGCCACUUAAGGACGUUCCCCAGUUAUGUUUGUGCGCAUCCCUGUCUGCACGUAUUUUACCCAUGUGCGUUGACGUCACAAUAAGUGAACAGGUGAGUUAUCAGCUGAUUUUUCCAAACAUCUGCACUCUAACAGCAAAUCUUGAAUUUGUUAUUUUACAAAGCUGACUAUUGAACAACUUAUUAAAUGCCUCUAUCUCUUCAGAAUCCAUGACUCAGCAGUACUGUGAAAUAC